AUGACUCAGAUUCAAGUUCAGCACCAGCAGCAGCCUCCUGCGAGUGGCCCGAACGUUGUGGCGGCGAACGUCGGCGGUGGCGCCCCUCAGUUUGUUUCGACGUCGCUGUACGUUGGGGAUCUCGACCAGAAUGUAACCGACUCGCAGCUGUACGAUCUGUUCAACCAGGUCGGUCAGGUCGUGUCGGUGAGGGUCUGCAAGGACUUGAGCACUCGCCGAUCUCUGGGCUAUGGUUACGUCAACUAUAGCGCUCUUCAGGAUGCUGCGAGGGCACUGGAAGUUCUGAACUUCACUCCACUAAAGCCCAUGAACAAAGCCAAAAGAUCACCAUCUCCUCCACCAUCGAGGUUGUCCCUGCCUUGCCUCCGCUCAGUUCGAGGGUCUUGGGUUCGAGUUUGUCCUUCUUUGCCUCGCUGCUGUGCCGUGGGACUUGGAUUGCAUCCCUCUCCUCCUCGACGCUAUGCACUACCUCCUCCUUCUUCCGUCUCUCGGACUCGGCCUGGGUUUUCACCCACGAACCCAGCUUGCAGAGAGCACCAUAUAUAA